CUGAACUGCAGACUGUUGGUGAGACUGAGAAUAGAAAUCAAUCUGCGCCCUGUCAGGAGCUGGGAGCUAGAGCUUUAGAGGUUGCUCCUGUGAAAACUGACAGGAUUCCCCCUCCUACUCCCUCUCCUCCUCUAUUUGAAAACAAAGCCUUGCAGCAUGGGGAGUGAUAUUGGCUUCCAGACAUGCUGACGGAUGCAGGGUCCUACACUAUACAGCAAAGGCAGCGGGACGAGUUUGAUCCUGGCUAUAGUUAUCCAGGAGUCGUCUGUUUUUUAUUCUUGGUAAUCCUAAAAAGAGAGACCUUCCGUGACCUCUCUAAAUUAUGGCUUCUUUAGAAGCUGGCACAACCAUAACUAGUCGUUUGAAAAACCUGCUUCGUUCCCCUUCAAUCAAGCUGAGAAGACACAAGCCUGGGGCGAAGAAGGAAGAUAUAGCCAGUAAGGUGACAUUAGAGAAGGUCCUUGGUAUCACAGUGUCAGCUGGAAGAAGUUUAUCCUGUGACCCGAAGACUGGCCUUGUUGCUUAUCCAGCUGGGUGUGUUGUUGUGUUGCUGAACCCCAGGAAAAACAAACAAUACCACAUCCUGAACAGUUCCAGAAAAACCAUCACUGCUCUAGCCUUUUCCCCAGAUGGGAAGUUCUUGGUCACAGGAGAGAGUGGCCACAUGCCUGCUGUGCGGGUGUGGGACGUGGCAGAACGCACUCAGGUGGCAGAACUGCAAGAACACAAGUAUGGUGUUGCCUGUGUGGCAUUCUCUCCAAGCUCCAAAUACAUAGUGUCUGUUGGGUACCAGCAUGAUAUGAUCGUCAAUGUGUGGUCAUGGAAGAAAAACGUAGUUGUGGCAGCAAACAAGGUAUCCAGCAAAGUGACGGCUGUGUCUUUCUCAGAGGACAGCAGCUACUUUGUAACAGCCGGCAACCGCCAUGUCAAAUUCUGGUACCUGGACGAAGCAAAGUCUUCUAAGGUCAAUUCUACCAUUCCUCUUCUGGGACGCUCUGGUCUGCUGGGAGAGCUCAGGAAUAACUUCUUCACCGAUGUGGCCUGUGGCAAAGGAAAGAAAUCUAGCAGCACGUUCUGCAUCACUUCCUCAGGACUGUUGUGUGAAUUUAAUGACCGGAGGCUGCUAGAUAAGUGGGUGGAACUCAGGACCACAAUGGCAAGCUGCAUCCUGGUUAACCAAGACUAUAUCUUCUGCGGCUGUGCUGAUGGGACAGUGCGGAUCUUCAACCCUAACAACCUACACUUUCUCAGCACCAUGCCAAAGCCUCAUCGCCUUGGGGUUGACAUUGCUACCGUAACAGAAGCAAGCCGUCUCUUCUCCAGUGCAGCCGAUGCCAAGUACCCAGACACCAUUGGCAUGACCUUUGACUCUGCCAACCAGUGGCUUUCAUGUGUGUACAAUGAUCACAGUCUGUAUGUAUGGGACAUCAAGGACUUGAAGAAAGUGGGAAAGGUGUACUCAGCGUUGUACCAUUCAUCAUGUGUGUGGAGUGUUGAGGUGUACCCAGAGGUUAAAGAAAGCGAUCAGGCCUGCCUGCCGCCCAACUCCUUCAUCACAUGCUCCUCCGAUAAUACAAUUCGUCUCUGGAACAUGGAGACCUCCAACAUCCAUGGUACAGCCUUGCACCGCAACAUCCUGAGCAGUGACCUGAUGAAGAUUAUACUGGUAGAUAGCAACACACAAGCCUUGGUUGAUGCAGAUUACAACCCUGCUGGAGUGAAUGAUAAAGUAGAUCCACAGAUACUAGACACCAAGGUCGGUAUUCGUUCUGUGUGUAUAAGCCCCAAUGGACAACACCUGGCAUCAGGAGAUAGAACGGGAACACUCAGGGUGCAUGAGUUAAAGAGCUUGGCUGAACUUUUGAAAGUCGAGGCCCAUGACUCUGAGAUCCUGUGUCUGGAAUACUCAAAACCGGAGACAGGUUUGAAUCUCUUGGCUUCUGCAAGUCGUGACCGGCUCAUCCAUGUGCUGGAUGCUUCUAAAGAUUACAGCCUUCAGCAGACAUUUGAUGACCAUUCGUCCUCCAUCACUGCUGUAAAGUUUGCUGCAAAUGAUGGGAAAACGCGUAUGAUCAGCUGUGGUGCAGAUAAGAGCAUCUAUUUCCGCACUGCAGAGAAGUCAGGGGAAGGAGGAGUCCACUUCACUCGCACACACCACAUUGUGCGCAAGACUACCUUGUAUGACAUGGAUGUGGAUCCGAGCUUAAAAUAUGCAGCAAUAGGAUGUCAAGAUCGUAAUAUCAGAAUUUUUAACAUCAGUAGCGGGAAGCAGAAGAAAUUAUACAAAGGAUCACAAAGUGAAGAUGGGACUCUUAUUAAAGUACAGACUGACCCUUCUGGACUUUAUAUAGCCACAACUUGUUCAGAUAAGAACCUUUCUGUCUUUGAUUUCUAUUCUGGGGAAUGUGUUGCCACCAUGUUUGGACAUUCAGAAAUUGUAACAGGAAUGAAAUUUACCAAUGACUGCAAACAUCUUAUUUCUGUAUCUGGUGACAGCUGCAUCUUCAUCUGGCGCCUAAGCUCUGAGAUGACCAUUAGCAUGCGCCAAAGAAUGGCUGAGAUGAAGCAACAAGCGAAGCAGCCUGAGAGUUCCGCAGCUCCUAAAGCAGCGAAUACAAGACGAGAAACCAUUGCUGUGAUGACACCAGCGCCAGUUCUGUCAUCUGACAGUGACAAAGAAGGCAUUGAUGAUGGAAGUGACGAGGAAAUGACAGGUACUGGUAAGACGGUCAGCUUAACCAACUCUUUUGGAAGAAGUUUAUCUUACUGGGAGAUGAAGAGGGAGCGAGGGAUACCCACUGCUCAGCGUUCUGAAUCCUUGGAUAAAACUCCCAGGCAGCGGAAUCGCUGGUCUCAUCCCUCUGGUAAUGUUGAAAUGAUGGUUAAGUCCAUGCUAGACCUGCGGGAGCUGGAUUCCUUCUCUCCUUGUGAUGAUCUUGUGCACCAGCCUAGUGCAGAGCAUGGAAAAACGCAUGUGGAUAUACAGAAUGGCGUGGAUUCAUUUAGUCCCAUGACCAGUCUGUCUCGUCCACGUGUGAUCCGGUUAAUGUCAUGUGAGGAAGGAGUUUUUACCCAAGAAUUGGAGACACCAGAGGGCAAAGAGUGUGUUAUUUACCCUGAUGUUGCAGAGGAUCACACCCUAGACAGUUACAGUGAGUUUGAAGUAAAAGCAUUUCCGCAUAGAGGUUACCCUGAUGAUGAUGUGUGUCAAGAAAAGCACAGCCCAGACAGUGCUUGUUCUGUGGAUUACAGCAGCAGCCCAGAGCAUCCCAAUGAAGAAGAUUCGGAAAGCACGGAACCAUUGAGCGUUGAUGGAAACUCUUCUGAUUUGGAGGAGCAGCCAGAGGUGGAGGAGCUUGAUACACCAAGUUUAGUAUUGGAUGGAGAUAUUCCGCUGACACCAGAUCAGGAAAUGUUCCUCAAACAGCACUUCUCAACUCUUUCUGCCAGUAUCUGCACCGAAGGACGAGCCCUGAGCACAGAGAGGAAUGAUAGCACCAGCAUGUCCUCACGCUUCCUGGCAAUGUCACCACCCCUCAGGGACCAACCUGUUUCCUCUACCAGUGCAGUGUUACGUCAAGACGCCCUUCCUCAGCCCCCGCACCUGGACCCAAUACAAGUGAAAAGAAAUGAUCACCAGUCCAAAAACACUAGCACAGCUGAUCACCUACAAGAAGCCAGCAGCCCUCAAAAACCUUCCUACUAUCAACGGAAAAGAAAAACAGCCCCAGAUAGUAAGAUGGGAAAGGUGGCGCCAUUUCUUUCCACUGUGUCAAGUAUAAGGAAGACCCAGUCCGUUCAUGACCUUGUACAUGAAGGUGAGAAACCAGCGGUCAAUGGAUUUGCUGUUAAACUGCGUCCACAAACCCAAACCGCUGCUGAACGGGAGCAGAAAGCUAGUCACCGUCGUACUUUGCCAGCAACCUUGGUGAAAAUGGAGGGCAUUCCUUCACCUGGGCCUCUUCUUACAAAAGAAGUUAAAGCUUCUAAAGGGAGAUCCUACAUGAACCCAACAACAAGCUUCAUGGCAAAAAUAUCACGGAGUGCGUCUGUGGGAGAAAAUCUUAAUAUAGGGGAUACACCAGACACUUCUCCGACUUCUGACCCAGAAGUGGGACCACCUUUUACAAACUUACUGGAAAAUGAGAAAAACAGACAGUCGGUAAAGGAUAAUGUAAUUCUAAAACCUGCUUUGCAACCUAUUACAAACUGCUCUCAAAAGACCUUUCCAACAAAGAAUCGAUCACAUCUGACUCUUGACAUUGCAAAACCUUUGCCUGACCGGCCUACAUUAUCCUUUGGUAGAAGCAAAAAUUCUUGUGAGCUAGAAUCUCCAAAAUCUCCAGCAAGUAACCUGAAAACUAAACUUUACUGCCCAGAAAUACCUCACAGGAAAGAAAUACAAAGUCCUAUGGGAUCUGAAAAAGUGUGUGGUUCAUGUGAAAGAGAGUUUCAAGAUGAGGAAACCAUCCCCAGCUACAAAGUGCAUGAUUUUCAGGAAGCAAGCUGCUCAAGUUCAGAAAGUAUGAAACCCCAUAGAGUUAGAUCCUCUACGUUUAGCUGCACUCCAGAUUCACAUUCAGGGCUUUGUGCCGUAGAAUCAAUCAGACCAAGGUCUCCCUCACUCAAUGCAGCUUCUGCAAUGGAGUCAGCAUCUGUCAGUUUUGAGCAGUGUGAGCUGAUUGCCUCAGAGCUACACAACAGUCUCCAGCGAGCUCUAUGUCUGUACAGAUCGGUGACAAUGGUCAAGCCAGCAACAAGCAUGGAAAACUGCAAGAUGGCUGAUCUUCUGAGUGAAACAUUUGGUAAGGUAAAGCGAGAGCUGGAUACUUUGAAGGAUGGAGAGAGCGACACCGGUAUAGAAGAUACCAGAUUGCCGUAUGAGCAGGAACUUGCACAAACACUGGAGCUUACAGCAGAAGACGCACACGCAAUAUCUGAGAAAAGGCCUUUGGGUGACGACAAGACUCUUGCCUUGCUGCAGCAAUAUUCUGAACUCUUGCUACAAGCUGUAGAGAAGAGGAUGGAUAAGAAAUAAUAAAUGGGAGUGCCUCAUGUGGAUCGUUUAAUGCAAUGGUGCUCUGUUGCUUCGUCAGUGUUCAUGAAGAGACCUUCAUAGGCCAAGCUUGUGAGCCAAAAAGUCUUUUCAAAGACUCCAUUAAAACACUAAAAGAAAUGUACUUGGGUGUGUCCUAGUGUAACAUCCAAGGUACAGUUGCGGUUCUGUUACAGAAAUCUCUUCACACCAGCAGCACUUGUCGUCUCACAUGGUCCUGUUUUGUUCAGGGUCAGUAAUAUGUUCUGCUUCCAGUUAUGAGCAGAGAUGCAGACGGCUUUUUUUUUAUUUUUUAUUAUGACCUCUUUAACAAAGCUUUUAAGUGUUUUUAAUGUAUUGCAUUAUAUUUUAAGUUAUUGGUGUAACUGUUUCAGUUUAUGCUUUUUCAAUUUAACUUUUAUUGUUGACAAUCUAAUCUCUUGACUGAGAGUCUUAAGACGUCAGUCGUUUGUGGUAUUGGGGUGUCUGUUUUGAGGGACAUUUUACAUUUCUGUUACAUGAUUCACAACUGACCUAAUAAGCUUUGGUUUUACAGAGGAUCUGCUUUUGUAUUUCCUUGGAAAAAGUAUUUUAUGAUGUCUUUCAAGGUCAUAAAUGCAUAGGUGCAAUAUCACACGAUCAUCUGAAAAUAUAUUUUAUUUUUAAGAGCACUAAACAUUAUUGUAAAUGGAUACCGCGAGUCUAUUUUACCUUUUCAUAUGAUGUUUAAGGGUUGAAAUAAAAUGCAAGUGUUUACAAUAAGGGGGGGAAGGAACUGUUCCGUAAAUAUUAAUAAAUGCAAGGCAGCCAUUUUGUCCCCUUAAGGAUUGGUUACUGGCCUGGCAGGUGGAUCACUAGCUAUGCUAAUGACUUCACACAUCAUGAGGUGGCUGUUUUCACUCUGUAAAAGCAGCUUUGGAGCAGUAUGCCUUUAAAUGAAUAAAUAGUAAUCCAUUUGAGAUCUGCCAGAUAAAAGUAAAUUACAUUGCAGGAAAUAGCUGCUUAUCUUAAUUAAAUGUAACUAUUUGUUUUACUCUAUUUAGUUUUAACCCUGAAGCGUUAGCUGCUAUAGUAAAAUAGGCUUACAGUGUCCUUUUUAAUAUCGCCUGUGAUCACUUGCUAUGGUGGGUAUCUGCAAUAACUGUCCCCUUUGCAUGCAGUGUUACAGCCAUGUACCGUGGUGCAUAGAAUACAGACCACAAGCACUUUCAUAGCAGAUCUCUCUUUAAACUCUUGCACACUUUAGAUUGAUGGAAACAUCACAUCUUGUAAUGAUUUAAAGGGAGCUCAGACAUUUAACCCCUUGGCUGCCAAAAAGGGCCACAAUGCAUUGUUAAUAUAUUUUUCGGCCCCAGUUGACAGUCAGUGGGUUAAAGCUUGAAUUUCCUCUUCCUAGCUUGGCAAAUCUGAGCAACAAUCAUCCCUGUAUUACUUGUUUUGGAACGUUUCUCUUAUUUGCUACGUUGGUUCUAAUUUCUGAGAACAGAUUUUAAUGGAGCAUUAGUUUUGUAAAAGCCAUUCCUAUUUAAUAGCUUUGCAACCUCACAGGAGCACCAUGGAUUCUAUUUGUGUUAUUGGAACCUUUGGCCCCAAUUCAGUAAACCCCUUUCCUUUUAUCUAUGCAGAUCUAAUAUUUAUGUUUGGGGAAGACAUUUUGAGUUAGUAGAAUGCUUUCUCAUUUUAGAAUGUACUUUUUUUUUUACUCUCCUUUUUAAGAAUGUAUGUGUAAUGGCAAAGAGUGAGGCGAGUGCCGUCGGUACAAGUAGGCGUGAUUAGAAUUCUGUUACAUAAGACAAAAUGAGGCGGGUCCUCUACACAAGUGUGGUAAAGAUACGUAGCUGUGAAUGCAUUUUAGUAAGUUAGAGACGUCAAACACUAGUUUUGUUAAAGGUUUGUGUAUGUGAAUGCCAGUUUUCCAAGUGCAUGGGAAUUCUACACAUAACUUCCCUGUUUUUAUAUUACAUUGAAUACACUAUUUAUAUAUUACAUUUUUAUGUAAAAGCUGUAGAAACAUAAUUAUUUUAUUUUACACUUAAAAAUGUAAAAACAACUUUUCUAAUGCUAACUUAUUCCAUGUAAUUUAAAAUUGAGCUGAAGGGCACAUAAAACAAGUCCCUUUUUAAAGCAGAAACAUCUUGCCUUAGGCAAAAAAAGUCAUGGUUUGUGAGAGCCAAAGGCACAACUGCCUCCAGUGCUCAAUAGAGGGCAGACUAGCAAAUAGCGAGCCUUGAAAAGGGGUGGAGGAGAAAAAGGUUGCUUUUUUGGCCAAAGAUAAAUAAUUUCAGCUUUCAAAUGAUUUGUUUUAUAUGUCCAUCAGCUCAGUAUUAACUAGAAUGCCCCUUAAACACGGAGUAUGAAAGGGGGUAUAUGGGAAUAAAGUGUGCAUUACAGAAGAAUGUUAAGAUCUGCAAACAUUUAACCCCAGAAGCAGCCCUCUCUGCCAGCCAAGUGGUUUAUACAAUGGUGCCAAUCACAAUAUGGCUUCAGCUUCUCUAGGGAUCUCAUUGUUCUACAGAUAGUAACUUGUGUUCUGAAGGUUAAGUUUUUAGUCAUCGUCCUCAUAGGCCUAAAUACAGUUGUGAUUUAGAUCUCCUAUAUGUUUGCAUUUAUAAUUUGGUUGUCCCAAACACCCCAUAUAAUCAAUAGUUUUAGUAUUCAUGUUUUCUGUAACUGUCAAAACUUUUUUUAUAUGUGUAUUUUUUCUCUAAGUAUUUAAUUUUAAGAACCAGUUUACAAUCACCCUGAACUUGUCAGGAAACUGAGCCAUUUCCUUGUAAAUAGACGUACAUAGAAAAGAAUAUCCUUUUUAGUUGGCUGCAGUAUGUGGCAUUUUAAGUAACCAGUUUGUCUUGACUAACCCUGUGAUGCCUGCAGGCCAGCAACUUAAAGCAGACCUGUCCAUUUGUGGCACAUUUAAUCAGCCCAUUUGCAGAAGUGCAUCACAGUUUCAUUUCUACAAAUGACCUAUAGGAUUGGGCAAGAUUCACAUAUGCAACUAAACCUGGAGCAAUGAAAGCGCUAUAAAAAAUAACGUGUCUAUAAAUGUUACUUGACAACAUCAAUUAAAAAUGGUACAGCGUUACGGCAUUGUAAGACCAUGUACCUGUAAAGUGUGCUCAACAAAGCAUACCUUAGCCUGUGCAAUCUUCAAAUGUUUACAAUUUGUAAAUUAAUUUAACUGUCUAACAAACUACAACACUAUUCAAAGCUAUUUCCAUAAUAAGUGUAACCAAGUAGGGUUCUGUAUGCUUUUUAAAAAAAAAAAAAACUGACAAACUUUUUUUUUCCCCCCCAAUCCUGCUUGUGCUGCUUAUGGUCCAAUAGCUAAAUAGUCAAAAUAGCUUCUGGUACACUAUUUGCCUACAAUUACUGUAGUUUGUUGGACAGUGUAUUAACAUAUUUUGAAGGAAUCAGAGAGCUGGUAAAAAGAACAGGUAACAUUCAUGACACUAAUGGAAUUGCUACAGCUUUAUAUGAUCUUGUUCACAGCGCUGCAGACAGAGGCUGGGUUAUUAGUGGUGUAAAUAUUGUAAGAUAAUAAACCCAUGACUGGGCAGAUGCAUGAUAACCUCACCUGGGAGUGCGUACACAGUAUUGCAUGCCCUUAUGUCACCAUAAACACCUAAGCCUACAGUCACUUCAUCUGUUCCACACACCUCUGUAGGUUUGGUUAUAGACUCUGUCAGCCUCUGGGAACUGCCCACAGAUGUUCCUAUCUUCUAAAAGUACCUUUUUUAUACUCAUGUUUAGUAAUACAGGAGAAACUGAAAAUUUAAAAUGCUUUUUUUAAUGAAUGGAGCAAAUGUUGUGUUUUUUGCACUGUGAUCUGCCUUCUUCAGAAAUUAGGCUGUUUUUGUAACGAUUCCUUUGUACUCCAUGUCUUAAUAUCAAUAAAAGUGUGAACCUUUUUGA